UUCUGAUUGGUUAGAAUGGUUCGCUUGUGUAUUCUGAUUGGUUGGUUGUGGUCUACCGUGCGGAGAACAGAACAGCUCGGCGUUGAUUUCAGAAGUCAUCAUGGCGCUGACUACCCAAGUCAAAGAGCACCCAUUCCACCAUCUAAUCGACACCCUUAAAGAUGGCAGGAUCAAGUUCUUCAAUCCACAAAAAUUAAACGAUCCAAGAUAUGACAAACUUCCUUUUUCUAUCCGCGUCCUACUGGAGGCAGCCAUUCGUAACUGUGAUGGUUUUUACACAAAAAUGGAAGAUGUGCAGAAGAUCCUUGCCUGGCAGGAGCAACAGGAUAAAGCUGAGGUGCCAUUCUCACCUGCACGAGUCAUUCUGCAGGAUUUCACAGGGAUUCCUGCUAUGGUGGACCUGGCCGCCAUGAGGGACGCUGUAGCCAAACACGGUGUGGACCCCGCUCUAAUCAACCCUAAGUGUCCCACGGACCUGAUAGUAGACCACUCUUUCCAGAUUGAUUUUAGUAAAUGUGCCAUACAGAACACUCCCAAUCCUGGCGGAGGGGACGGUCCCACCCAGAACCAGGCCUCCUCUCGCUCCACUGCCUCCAGGCCUUUCAUCAGAGGGGACUUCCAGUGUGGAGACCGGAGAGGCUCUUGUAGUAAAGCUGCCUGCAGUGACUCGCCCACAUCUUUGGGUCCAUCUCCAGCCUCUGUCCAGCAGAUAGAAAAUACUCCUCUCCUCUGUCCUUUCCACCUCCAACCCAUCUCUGAAACUGAAACAGCUUUGAAGAAUCAAGAAAUGGAAUUGUUCAGAAACAAAGAGAGACUUCAGUUCUAUAAGUGGUGCUCCAAGGCCUUUAAGAAUGUCAACGUGGUUCCUCCAGAUGUUGGUGCUGUCCACCAGGUGAACCUGGAGUAUCUAUCCAGGGUAGUGCAGGUCAGCGAUGGUUGGAUCUACCCCGACAGCGUAGUGGGAACCGACUCUCACACCACCAUGGUCAAUGGCCUGAGCAUCCUUGGCUGGGGUGUCGGAGGAAUCGAGUCGGAGGCAGUUAUGCUGGGCCAGCCGGUGUCUCUGACCCUUCCUCAGGUAGUGGGCUGUAAACUGGUGGGCUCCAUUAACCCCCUGAGCACGUCCAUCGACAUCGUCCUGGGCAUCACCAAGCACCUGCGUCAGGCUGGUGUCUCGGGGAAGUUUGUGGAGUUCUUUGGACCGGGUGUCUCCCAGCUAUCCGUUCCUGACCGGACCACCAUCGCCAACAUGUGCCCAGAAUACAACGCUACUGUCAGCUUCUUCCCUGUCGACGCAGUGGCACUCAAGCACUUUAAAAAGACGAAUUUCUCACAGGAGAAGCUUGAACUAGUGGAGUCUUACAUGAAGGCUGUACAUCUUUUCCGAAGCUACGAAAAACCCCAAGAAGACCCUCAGUACUCAGAGGUGAUUGAGAUCAACUUGAGCUCCAUGGUGCCCUACAUCAGUGGACCCAAAAGGCCACAAGACAGAGUGGCUGUCAGCAGAAUGAAGGAGGACUUCCAGAGCUGUCUUGAUGAGAAGGUGGGUUUUAAAGGCUUUCACAUCUCCAAGGAGAAGCAGAAGAUCCAAGUUCCACUCCUGCACUGUGGUCAGGAGUAUAGGCUGGCCCAUGGCGCCGUGGUGAUCGCCGCUGUUAUCAGCUGCACCAACAACUGUAAUCCGUCGGUCAUGCUGACUGCAGGUCUACUGGCCAAGAAGGCUGUGGAGGCGGGGCUUGUGGUCCGACCCUACAUCCAGACCAGCCUGGCCCCUGGGAGCGGCAUGGUGACCCACUACCUCAGCACCAGUGGAGUACUGCCUUACUUAAAGCAGCUGGGCUUUGAGGUGAUUGGCUACGGCUGUGCCACCUGCGUUGGGAACAUGGCUCCUUUACCGGAAGCUGUCGUUGACGCCAUAAGAAAGGGGGACUUGGUGGCCUGUGGUGUGCUGUCUGGGAACCGGCACUUCGAAGGCCGCCUGUGUGACUGUGUACGCGCCAACUACCUGGCCCCCCCACCCCUGGUGGUGGCGUAUGCCAUAGCAGGAACGGUGGGAAUCGACUUUGAGAAGGAGCCACUGGGUCUGACACCAGGAGGGGAGGAGGUGUAUCUCCGGGACAUCUGGCCAUCCAGAGAGGAGGUCCAGCAGACUGAGGAGGACACAGUCAUCUCCUCCAUCUUUAAGGAUCUGAAGAGAAGGAUGGAGAAGGGGAACACGUUUUGGAACAACCUGGAAUGUCCGGACUCUGUUGUUUUCUCCUGGGACUUCAAGUCCACGUAUAUCCACCCACCACCGUUUUUUAGCAGACUGAGUAAAGACGUUCCGGCUGCUCAGCCAAUAGAAAACGCUCACGCCUUACUCUUCCUGGGAGACAAAGUGACCACGGACCACAUCUCACCAGCAGGCAGCAUUGCCAGGGCCAGCGCUGCUGCCAAGUACCUGCUGAGCAAACGUCUGACGCCGCGACAGUUUAACUCCUAUGGCGCUCGCAGGGGGAAUGACGCCGUGAUGACCAGAGGAACGUUUGCCAGCAUCAAGCUCCAGAACCGAUUAAUCGGCAAACCGGGUCCGAAGACUCUGCACAUUCCUUCGGGCCAGACCAUGGAUGUGUUUGAAGCAGCUGACCGUUACCAGAGAGACGGUGUCCCCCUCAUCAUCCUCGCCGGCAGAGACUACGGCUCCGGUAGCUCCAGGGACUGGGUGGCUAAAGGACCCUACCUGCUGGGGGUGCGCGCUGUCAUCGCAGAAAGUUUUGAGAACCUUCACAAGAACCAGCUAGUGGGAAUGGGAAUCUUACCGCUCCAGUUCAUCUCUGGCCAAAAUGCCGACUCCCUGGAUCUCAGUGGGAAGGAGCGCUUCACCAUUCUGGUCCCUGAGAGCGUGGGUCUGAGGCAGCAGCUCACUGUGAAGACCAGCAAAGGAACAUCCUUCUGCGUCACCGCCAUGUUUGACUCUGAGAAGGACGUUAUCUGUUUUCAACAUGGAGGGCUUCUUAGGUAUGUGGCUCGAGCGGCGCUCUCGAGCAGCCCUCGACCCGGGGCCGACUCAGCUGGAUGUCCUCCAUGUCCAUGAGCAGCUGCCGUCCUCAUCAACUAACAGAGGAAGCUGAUUUUCUUCCGUCUGGAGUGUUUCAGCGCUCCUCCUCUCCAGAAGGAAUAAUGGACUCCCAGCUUGGAGCUCAUCCAGGAAGACGCUCCUGUCUCCUCCAUCUUCUGGUGCUGGACACAGUGGUUAAAGUUCCUGCUGGUGUCUGACUACACAGAUGUUGGUUGUGGUGUAAUGGUACCUGUCCCUCUCAGGUGUCAUGUGUGCUGCAGGAAGUGAGGUUAUGAUGUGUUGCAUCUUAUUGUACAUAAUUUAUAAUAAAAGGAACCAACCAGG